CGCCAUGUCUGGCCGUGGCAAGAGCGGCGGUAAGGCCCGAGCUAAGGCCAAGUCUCGCUCCUCCCGGGCUGGGCUGCAGUUCCCGGUCGGGCGCGUUCACCGGCUGCUGCGGCGCGGGCACUACGCGGAGCGGGUGGGGGCCGGCGCGCCCGUUUACCUGGCCGCCGUGCUGGAGUACCUGACGGCCGAGAUCCUGGAGCUGGCGGGCAACGCGGCGCGCGACAACAAGAAGACGCGCAUCAUCCCCCGCCACCUGCAGCUGGCGGUGCGCAACGACGAGGAGCUCAACAAGCUGCUGGGCGGCGUCACCAUCGCGCAGGGCGGCGUUCUGCCCAACAUCCAGGCCGUGCUGCUGCCCAAGAAGACGGGCGGCGGCGGCGGCGCGGGCCCCUGGACGUUGCAUAGAGAAUAA